GUUUUAAACAAUACUGAUAUCAUUUUGGUUCAAGCCUCCUUUGUCCCUUUGUUUACCUUACAUUGAAGCCUAUUUCCACAAAGUUACUCAACUAUUUCACUUCACUACACCAACAGAGCAAACAGUGUUUGGUCUGCACUUUGUGAUACUUUGUUAUUUUAGAAAGUUAUAAAAAUGCAAUUUAUAGAAGAAGUGUGUGUAUAUAUACGGAAUCUGGUUCUUUAUAACAACAAUACAACGAGUAAUUUAAAUUAAAUUUCCCAAUAAUGUAAAUAUUUGUGGCUUUUCCGUGCCGCCCGUGAACGCAUCGGGAGACGGCUCACGGGAGGCUUCACCUAACUAGCCGCAAGGUAGCGGUCCGGCUAACUUCAGCUAAGCAUGCCCGGCAAAUGCAAAUUCCAGGACUCCUGGCUCUCAAAGGGGAUUUACAAGGACUGGCUGGUUAAGGAAAUCCAGGACAUUCACUUCGCCCGAUGUAAGGCCUGUUCUAAAUCCAUCAAACUUCAGACGAUGGGCGAGGCUGCCCUGACCAGCCACGCAGGGGGAGCCGGCCACAAAGCGGCGGUGCGCAAGCUGAGGGAAGACAAUGUGAUGCUGACAAACGCCGCCGGGCAGAUUAACGGCAGCGUGAAGCAGACUGAGGACAGCAAGGAGCAAGUGGCCAUCUGCCUGCAGCGGGACACCUUGGACAGAAUAACGAGCAGCGACUGGUCCAAUCUGCCCCACGGCCCCACUACAAACGCCAUCUCCCACAAUGCAGAGCUCCAGGAUGGGACAUUUCCUGCUGCCUACUUGGCAGCGCCAGGCCUUGCAGGCACCUCCCCCGUCGCGAGCCAGCGCUUGGACCCGGCCGGCGGCGAGUCGGACGGGGCGACCCGCCGCUCAUCUCCACACCUCGACCACGCGGACCUGUCGAGACGGGAGCACCAGCAGAGGGCCGACGCCGUGAGGCAGCAGCAGCAGAUGAAGAUCCUGGAGUGGGAGAACAGGAUGAAGGUGCUGGCGUGGGAGCAGGAGCUGGUGAGGGAGAAGACGAGAGCGGCGCGGCAGAAGGAGAAGGCCUUCAGGAUGAAGAAGUCUUACUACAAAGCCAAGCUAAAGCGGAUGGGCGAGGACGUGCCGCCGUCUUCGUCCAGCAGCGACGAUGAGGCAAAAUCGUGCGGACAAUUGGGAUGAACUUCUGCAAUUUGUUGCAUCGUUAUCGGUUCUUUUACACUCUUGUCUAUCCGCCGUGCCAGUUUCAUACGUUGUCUGGUAUCGUAAUGCAAAAGGAGGAUUUUCACUUGUUUUGAAUUGGCUGUGACACAAAGGGGGAUGUUCACUUUCCCUGCGUAAGACCCAUGUUUGGCUGUGGUGGAAGGCAGAAGUGACAUUACUUGGUUUGCAGACGACUCAAAAGUACACAGGCAGCUUUUUGGAGACGAGAACAACGGUUAAAUCAUAAAAAACGAAUGAUCUGCAGAGCAGCAGCCACUCUCUAAAAUACUUUAGAGGGCUUAGACAGACUAAAUUGUUUGUAGUAAUAGAAAACAAUUUAUUCUAAUACUUCCUCAACUUAAAUUAAUGGAAGUGCUAUGAAGGACGAACGUAAUAAACAUUGCACAGCAUAUUGAAAGUGAUCAAAAUCACAGCGUGGUUUUAAUACUGAAAGAAUUCAUGGGUUUUUAGGGUUGAUAAAGCUCAUAAGCCUUAUUCUAGGGAGAAUGUGUAAUUCUUACAGAAUUUAUUACAUCAAGUUGCAGCAGAUGUAGAAACGUAAUGACAUGCCUUAAUGGACAAUCUAGAUCCAGAUGUUUUUUCCCUGCAUAGCUUAUUUGGCGUGUUAACUUUAUGUAAGCCGACACAGAAUACAUUUGUAUUUUUUUUGAA